GGGGAGGACGGCCCGGGCGCUGCGACUUUUGAAGUCCAAACUGUCGUCGGGGCCGGAGCCGCGUGCUGCCUCUGGGCGCCCGUUUCGCCUCCCGCGUCCUGCCAGGCUGCCCGGGUCCCCGCGUACCUUCGGUCGCUUUCAGGAGUUUAGAGAACGCCAGGUCUUCACGUUCUUGUAAGUUCGAGACCUUGGCGAACUGCAGAACGCAACAAAGGCAACGAGAGCCCGGGCGCCCUCGCAGCCGGAGUCUGGCGGCGGCCCGCGAAUCCUCCCCGCCAGUGGGGCCCAGACGCGCGGGGACACCCCCUCCUCCAGGCACCCACUGAGUCUCUCUCCCCCUCCCUUGUCCUAGCCAUGGAAGGGCUGGAGGAGGCGGAGGCCGACUGCUCCGUGGCGUUCGCCGAGGCUCAGAGAUGGGUGGAGGCAGUAACAGAGAAGAAUUUUGAAACAAAAGAUUUUCGAGCCUCUCUAGAAAACGGUGUUCUGCUGUGUGAUUUGAUUAAUAAGCUUAAGCCUGGCGUCAUUAAGAAGAUCAAUAGACUGUCUACACCAAUAGCAGGACUGGAUAAUAUAAACGUUUUCUUGAAAGCUUGUGAACAGAUUGGAUUGAAAGAAGCCCAGCUUUUCCAUCCUGGAGAUCUACAGGACUUAUCAAAUCGAGUCACUGUCAAGCAAGAAGAGACUGAUAGGAGAGUAAAAAAUGUUUUGAUAACAUUGUACUGGCUGGGAAGAAAAGCACAAAGCAACCCCUACUAUAAUGGUCCCCAUCUUAAUUUGAAAGCAUUUGAGAAUCUCUUAGGACAAGCCUUGACGAAGGCACUUGAAGACUCCAGUUUCCUGAAAAGAAGUGGCAGGGACAGUGGCUACGGUGACAUCUGGUAUUCUGAACGUGGAGAAUUUGUUGCUCCUUCAAGGCACCAUAAGAGAGAAGAUUCCUUUGAAAGCUUGGACUCUUUGGGUUCUAGGUCAUUGACAAGCUGCUCCUCUGAUAUCACGUUGAGAGGGGGACGUGAAGGUUUUGAAAGUGACACAGAUUCUGAAUUUACAUUCAAGAUGCAGGAUUAUAAUAAAGAUGAUAUGUCGUAUCGAAGGAUUUCGGCUGUUGAGCCAAAGACGGCGUUACCCUUCAAUCGCUUUUUACCCAACAAAAGUAGACAGCCAUCCUAUGUACCAGCACCUCUGCGGAAGAAGAAGCCGGACAAACAUGAAGAUAACAGGAGAAGCUGGGCAAGCCCAGUUUAUACAGAAGCAGAUGGAACGUUUUCAAGUAAUCAGAGGAGGACUUGGGGCACCAGUGUGGAGAACUGGCCAACUGUACAAGGAACUUCAAAGUCCUCUUGUUAUUUGGAAGAGGAAAAAGCAAAGACAAGGAGCAUACCCAACAUCAUAAAGGAUGAUCUUUAUGUGCGCAAGCUAAGUCCAAUCAUGCCAAACCCAGGGAAUGCUUUUGAUCAGUUUCUUCCCAAAUGUUGGACCCCAGAAGAUGUGAACUGGAAAAGAAUAAAAAGGGAAACUUAUAAGCCAUGGUAUAAGGAAUUUCAGGGAUUCAGUCAGUUUUUACUGCUUCAGGCCCUCCAAACAUACUCUGAUGACAUCUUGUCUUCUGAAACACAUACCAAAAUUGAUCCCACUUCUGGCCCAAGGCUCAUAACCCGCAGGAAGAAUCUCUCUUAUGAACCAGGCUAUAGAAGAGAUGACUUCGAGAUGGCAGCCCUGGUUCCUGACUUAGAGAAUGAUGAUUUCUUUGUCAGAAAGACUGGGGCUUUCCAUGCAAAUCCAUAUGUUCUCCGAGCUUUUGAAGACUUUAGAAGGUUCUCUGAGCAAGAUGAUUCUGUAGAACGAGAUAUAAUUUUACAGUGUAGAGAAGGUGAACUUGUUCUUCCGGAUUUGGAAAAAGACGAUAUGAUUGUUCGCCGAAUUCCAGCACAGAAGAAAGAAGUGCCGCUGUCCGGGGCCCCAGAUAGAUACCACCCAGUCCCUUUCCCUGAACCCUGGACUCUUCCUCCAGAAAUGCAAGCAAAAUUUCUCUGUGUACUUGAAAGGACGUGCCCAUCCAAAGAAAAAAGUAAUAGUUGUAGAAUAUUAGUUCCCUCCUAUCGGCGGAAGAAAGAUGACAUGCUGACGCGUAAGAUUCAGUCGUGGAAACUGGGAACUACGGUGUCUCCCAUCAGUUUCACCCCUGGCCCCUGCAGUGAGGCUGACAUGCAGAGAUGGGAGGCCAUCCGGGAGGCCAGCAGACUUAGGCACAAGAAAAGGCUGAUGGUGGAGAGACUCUUUCAAAAGAUUUAUGGUGAGAACGGGAGUAAGUCCAUGAGUGAUGUCAGCGCAGAGGAUGUUCAAAACUUGCGUCAGCUUCGUUAUGAGGAGAUGCAGAAAUUAAAAUCACAAUUGAAAGAACAGGAUCAGAAAUGGCAGGAUGACCUUGCAAAAUGGAAAGAUCGUCGAAAAAGUUACACUUCAGAUCUGCAGAAGAAAAAAGAAGAGAGGGAAGAAAUUGAAAAGCAGGCACUUGAGAAGUCUGAAAGAAGCUCUAAGACGUUUAAGGAAAUGCUCCAGGACAGGGAAUCCCAAAAUCAAAAGUCUACGAUUCCAUCGAGGAGGAGAAUGUAUUCUUUUGAUGAUGUGCUGGAUGAGGAAAAGCGACCCCCAAGACUGAUGAUGUCAGAAGCAAGUUACCAGAGUGAGAGAGUAGAAGAGAAGGGAACAACUCAUCCUUCAGAAAUUCCUGAAGAAGAUUCUGCCAUUUUUGCAGAAAGAGAGGACAGUGUAACUACUGAAAUUCAGUUUCCUUCCCAAAGUUCCACGGAGGAACAAUGUCCAGCCUCUUUGUCUUCUCUGCGUUCACUGAGCACCCAAAUGGAGUCGACUCGUGUUUCAGCUUCUCUCCCCAGAAGUUACCAGAAAACUGAUACAGCCAGGUUAACAUCUGUGGUCACACCAAGACCUUUUGGCUCUCAGACAAGGGGAAUCUCAUCACUCCCCAGAUCUUACACGAUGGAUGAUGCUUGGAAGUAUAAUGGAGAUGUCGAAGACAUUAAGAGAACUCAAAACACUGUGGUCAGCACCCCUGCACCAAACCUGGACGUAAACCAACUGGCUUCAAGCUCAUCUAGCCAGAAAGAGGUAGCUGCAACAGAAGAAGGUGUGACAAGGCUGCCCUCUCCUACAUCCCCCUUCUCAUCUCUUUCCCAAGACCAGGCUGCCACUUCUAAAGCCACGUUGUCUUCCACAUCUGGCCUUGAUUUAAUGUCUGAAUCUGGAGAAGGGGAAAACUCCCCCCAAAGAGAAGUCUCAACAUCCCAGGAUCAGUUCAGUGAUAUGAGAAUCAGCAUAAACCAGACGCCUGGGAAGAGUCUUGACUUUGGGUUUACAAUAAAAUGGGAUGUUUCUGGGCUCUUCGUAGCAUCAGUUGAAGCAGGUAGCCCAGCAGAAUUUUCUCAGCUACAGGUAGAUGAUGAAAUUAUUGCUAUUAACAACGUCAAGUUUCCAUAUAAGGAUACAAAAAAGUGGGAGGAAACCAUGGCUAAGGCUCAAGAAACUGGAAACCUAGUGAUGGAUGUGAGGCGCUAUGGAAAGGCUGGUUCACCUGAAACAAAGUGGAUUGAUGCAACUUCUGGAAUUUACAACUCAGAAAAAUCUUCAAAUCUGUCUGUAACAACUGAUUUCUCCGAAAGCCUUCAGAGUUCUAAUAUUGAAUCCAAAGAAAUCAAUGGAAUUCAUGAUGAAAGCAAUGCUUUUGAAUCAAAAGCAUCUGAAUCCAUUUCUUUGAAAAAUUUAAAAAGGCGAUCACAAUUUUUUGAACAAGGAAGCUCCGAUUCUGUGGUUCCUGAUCUUCCAGUUCCAACCGUCAGUGCCCCGAGCCGCUGGGUUUGGGAUCAAGAGGAGGAGCGGAAGCGGCAGGAGAGGUGGCAGAAGGAACAGGACCGCCUACUGCAGGAAAAAUAUCAACGUGAGCAGGAGAAACUGAAGGAAGAGUGGCAAAGGGCCAAACAGGAGGCGGAGAGAGAGAAUUCCAAGUACUUGGAUGAGGAACUGAUGGUCCUAAACUCAAACAGCAUGUCUGUGACCACACGGGAGCCCUCUCUUGUCGCCUGGGAAACCACCUGGAGUGAAGGGUCCAAGUCUUCAGACAGGGAAGCAACCAGAGCAGGUGUUCAUGAGGACCAAGAAAAGAAGCCACAGGAUCAACUUGUUCUUGAGAGAGAGAGGAAACCGGAGCAACAGCUUCAGGAAGAGCAGGAGCGGAAGCGGCUUCAGGCUGAGGCUGAGGAGCAGAAGCGCCCUGCAGAGGAGCAGAAGCACCAGGCAGAGAGAGAGCGGGAAACAUCAGUCAGAAUAUACCAGUAUAGGAGGCCUAUUGAUUCCUAUGACAUACCAAAGAGAGAAGAAGAAUCUUCAGGUUUUCUUCCUGGUGACAGGAAUAAAUCCAGAUCUACUACUGAACUGGAUAAUUACUCCACAAAUAAAAAUGGAAGCAGUAAAUAUUUAGACCAAAUUGGGAACACGACCACUUCACAGAGGAGUUCCAAGAAAGAACAAGUACCAUCAGAAGCAGAGUUGGAGAGGCAACAAAUCCUUCUGGAAAUGAGGAAGCGAACACCCCUUCACAAUGAUAACAGCUGGAUCCGACAGCGCAGUGCUAGUGUCAACAAAGAUCCUAUUUGUGUUCCUGGGGUCAUGAGAAGAGGCGAAUCUUUAGAUAACCUGGACUCCCCCAGAUCCAAUUCUUGGAGACAGCCCCCUUGGCUUAAUCAGCCCACAGGAUUCUAUGCUUCUUCCUCCGUGCAAGACUUUAGUCGCCCACCGCGUCAGCUGGUGUCCACAUCAAACCGUGCCUACAUGCGGAACCCCUCCUCCAGCGUGCCCCCGCCUUCAGCCAGUCCCCCGAAGACCUCCACCACAGGUGUGGUCGCCACACAGUCCCCCACCCCGAGAAGCCACUCCCCUUCAGCGCCACAGGCAGGCUCUCAGCUGCGCAACAGGUCAGUCAGUGGGAAGCGCGUAUGCUCCUACUGCAAUAACAUUCUGGGCAAAGGAGCCGCCAUGAUCAUCGAGUCCCUGGGUCUUUGUUAUCAUUUGCAUUGUUUUAAGUGUGUUGCCUGUCAGUGUGACCUCGGAGGCUCUUCCUCAGGAGCCGAAGUUAGAAUCAGAAACCACCAACUGUACUGCAAUGACUGCUAUCUCAGAUUCAAAUCUGGACGGCCAACCGCCAUGUGAUGUAAACCUCCAUGCGAAAGCACUGUUGCAGAUAGAAGAAGAGGCGGUUGCUGCUGAUGUAGAUCUAUAAAUAUGUGUUGUAUGUCUUUUCUGCUUUUUAAAAAAAAAAAAAAAAUUUUUUUUUUUUUUUUUUUUUUGCCUCUAGAUUACAUAGAAACAUUGUAGUCUUGGUAGAACUUGUAGUUUUGUUGUUUAUUUAUAAGGUAAUUAUGUGUGGGGAAAAGUGCAGUAUUGUUGAAUUCAGCAUCUUAAAAGCACAAGGAAAAAGAUAAGAGCUUAAGAAUAUUUUCGAGGCAGAUAAUGAUCUAGUUUGACUUUCUAGUUAAUGGUAUUUUGAAGAGGAUAUUUUAUUGUUUUUUUUUUAAAAAAAGAUUCUUAAACAUUAUUUGAAAUAGUUAAUAUAAAUAUGUAAUUGCAUUUGCUCUGUUUAUUAUAAUGUGUUCUAAAUUAAUGCAGAACCAUAUGGAAAAUUUCAGUAAAAUCUAUCCCCAAAUGUGCUUUCUGUAUCCUUCCUUCUACCUAUGUAUUCUGGUUUUUAAAAAUGUAGCUAAUGUACCAUUUAUUUGCUUGAUGAGGGAGCUCUAUUUUCUUUACCAGAAAUGUUGCUAAGUAAUUCCCAAUAGAAAGCUGCUUAUUUUCAUUAAUGAAAAAUAGCCAUGGUUUGUAUACUAGAAGUCUUCUCCAGAAACUGGUGAGCCUUUCUGUUCAACUGCAUUUGUAAAUAAACUUGCUGAUGCAUUUAA